AUGAACUUGCCUCCGGACAAGGUCCAGCUGCUGAGCCAGUAUGACAACGAGAAGAAGUGGGAGCUCAUUUGCGACCAGGAGCGGUUUCAAGUCAAGAACCCCCCUGCAGCCUAUAUCCAGAAGCUGAAGAGCUUCCUGGACACCGGGGGGGUCAGCCGUAAGUUUAAAAGGCGAGUCCAGGAAUCCACGCAGGUGCUGCGGGAGCUGGAGACCUCCCUGAGGACAAACCACAUCGGGUGGGUGCAGGAGUUUCUCAAUGAGGAGAACCGCGGCCUGGACGUGCUUCUGGAGUACCUGGCCUUCGCGCAGUGCUCCCUCACGUACGACAUGGAGAACACGGACAACGGCGCCCCCAGCGCGGAGAGGGGCAAGCCCCUGGAGCAGUCGGUGGAGGACCUCACCAGGGGCCCGCCCUCGUCCACGCCCAAAAGCCGCCACCUGACCGUCAAGUGCCCCCCUUCUCCCCGACUGACUCCGGCCCACAGCAGGAAGGCCCUGCGGAAUUCACGCAUCGUCAGCCAGAAGGACGACGUCCACGUCUGUAUCAUGUGCCUGCGUGCCAUCAUGAACUACCAGUCUGGCUUCAGCCUUGUCAUGAACCACCCCGCCUGUGUCAACGAGAUUGCUCUGAGCCUCAACAACAAGAACCCUAGAACCAAGGCCCUGGUGCUGGAGCUGCUGGCGGCCGUGUGCCUGGUGCGCGGAGGGCAUGACAUCAUCCUCGCAGCCUUUGACAACUUCAAGGAGGUGUGUGGGGAGCAGCACCGCUUUGAGAAGCUUAUGGAAUACUUUCGGAACGAGGACAGCAACAUUGACUUCAUGGUGGCUUGCAUGCAAUUCAUCAACAUCGUGGUGCAUUCGGUGGAGAACAUGAACUUCCGUGUCUUCCUACAAUAUGAGUUCACCCACCUGGGCCUGGACCUGUACUUGGAGAGGCUCCGGCUCACGGAGAGUGACAAGCUGCAGGUGCAGAUCCAGGCAUACCUGGACAACGUGUUUGAUGUGGGUGCCCUGCUGGAGGACACGGAAACCAAGAAUGCCGUGCUGGAGCACAUGGAGGAGCUGCAGGAGCAGGUGGCGCUGCUGACAGAGCGGCUCCGGGACGCGGAGAACGAGUCCAUGGCCAAGAUCGCAGAGCUGGAGAAGCAGCUAACCCAGGCUCGCAAGGAGUUGGAGACCCUGCGGCCCUGUCUUGGCCUGGCUGGGCCCCAUGGCCCCAGAUCCUCCAGUGAUCACCACCCAUCCCAUCCAGGAGUUAAGGCCAAGAAACCCAUCCAGACCAAGUUCCGAAUGCCACUCUUGAACUGGGUGGCCCUGAAGCCCAGCCAGAUCUCAGGCACCGUCUUCACGGAGCUCAAUGAUGAGAAGGUGCUGCGGGAGCUGGACAUGAGCGACUUUGAGGAACAGUUCAAGACCAAGUCCCAGGGCCCCAGCCUGGACAUCAGUGCCCUCAAGAGCAAGGCGGUCCAGAAGGCUCCCAGCAAGGCCACACUCAUCGAGGCCAACCGGGCCAAGAACCUGGCCAUCACCCUGCGCAAGGGCAACCUGGGGGCUGACCGCAUCUGCCAGGCCAUCGAGGCGUACGACCUGCAGGCCCUCGGCGUGGACUUCCUGGAGCUGCUCACCCGCUUCCUGCCCACGGAGUAUGAACGCAGCCUCAUCGCCCGCUUCGAGCGGGAGCAGCGGCAGGCGGAGGAGCUGUCUGAGGAGGACCGCUUCAUGCUGCGCUUCAGCCGCAUCCCGCGCCUGCCCGAGCGCAUGGCCACGCUCACCUUCCUGGGCAACUUCCCGGACACGGCCCAGAUGCUCAUGCCGCAACUGAAUGCCAUCAUUGCGGCCUCAAUGUCCAUCAAGUCCUCUGACAAACUCCGCCAGAUCCUGGAGAUCGUCCUGGCCUUUGGCAACUACAUGAACAGCAGCAAGCGUGGCGCAGCUUAUGGCUUCCGGCUCCAGAGUCUGGAUGCGCUGCUGGAGAUGAAGUCGACUGACCGCAAGCAGACACUGCUGCACUACUUGGUGAAGGUCAUUGCUGAGAAGUACCCAGAGCUCACGGGCUUCCACAGCGACCUGCACUUUCUAGACAAGGCGGGCUCAGUGUCCCUGGACAGUGUCCUGGCGGAUGUGCGUUCCCUGCAGCGAGGCCUGGAGCUGACCCAGCGGGAGUUUGUGCGGCAGGACGACUGCGUGGUGCUCAAGGAGUUCCUUAGGGCCAACUCACCCAUCAUGGACAAGCUCCUGGCAGACAGCAAGACCGCUCAGGAGGCCUACGAGUCUGUGGUGGAGUACUUUGGAGAGAACCCCAAGACCACAUCCCCUGGCCUGUUCUUCUCCCUCUUCAGCCGCUUCAUCAAGGCCUACAAGAAAGCCGAGCAGGAGGUGGAGCAGUGGAAGAAAGAAGCAGCUGCCCAGGAGGCAGGCACCGAUGCUGCGGGCAGAGGGGAGCCCCCGACACCCAAGUCCCCACCCAAGGCUCGGAGACAGCAGAUGGACCUCAUCUCCGAGCUGAAACGGAAGCAGCAGAAGGAGCCGCUCAUCUACGAGAGUGACCGUGAUGGGGCCAUCGAAGACAUCAUCACAGAUCUGCGGAACCAGCCCUACAUCCGCUCAGACACAGGCCGCCGCAGUGCCCGCCGGCGCCCCCCGGGCCCCACGCUGCAGGUCACCUCUGACCUCUCGCUCUAGCCGCUAUUUCCGCAGGUGGAUUCUGCAGGGGGCUGGGGCUGUGGGCAGGCUGGGGCUCAGGGAAGGUGGUCCUCAGCUCGGCUGGGCCAGGUAGCGCCCUCCUCCGCUGUGGCCCGCCUCAAAUGGGCCGGCGCUUCCUCCUCUUGCAGCAGAGGGCAGCAUCGCCGGCCCCUUUCCCCAAACGCUGCCAGCAGCACCCCCUCCCCCCAAAUAGCCAUACUUAGCCUCAGCAGGAGCCUGGCCUGUAACUUACAAAGUGCACCUCGCCCCCACAAUCCCCAGCUCCCAGGACUCUCCGUGGACCUUAUUUUUAUACGAGAUGAAUAAAGAUGUUUGCAAGAGA